ACAGCGCCGUCGCUGAAAGUUUUGAGGCAAUGCAAGUAGAAUACUCUGCUGUAGUUUGGAUACCGAAGGAAGUGACGGGACUGAAUGGGAGAAAAAAAAGAAAAAAUAAUAUGAGGAUAAAAACAGAAAGCAGAAUACGAAGCAACGUGCCGUGUGUACGAUCAAGAGAGAGAGUGGUUCUCGCAUGAUUCUGAUAUGCAUUGAAGUCGUGCGGGUCAAAGUUUUUUUUAGUUGUUACAAAGUAACGUUAGCUGUGAAAUGAAAAGCAGAGAUUGAAUUCUUGAUCGAGGUGUGUUUACCUACCUAACGUUACUGUAUGCGUUUGACAAUUCACCCGAGUCGCGUUAAUGUUUGUACACAAUCAAAUCAAUCACGGCAUGAAUUAUAGCGUAAAGCAUGGAAGACGAACAACUGGUUGGAUUUCAUAUAUAUAUAUAUUUUUUUACAAAGAAUAGAUCGCAAAGGGGCUACCUGUUGAAACUGAAAUGCUACUAAAUAAUUAUCUGUUAAUAUUGAAUAGAGACGGUUGGAUUUCUCCUGGACUUUAGUAUUUCUCCUCUGUCAAGUUCAGUUCUGCGUCUUCUGGAAUGUUUGGGAGUUGUUUUCCACCGGUUUCAGCUCGAAUAAAUGCAUUUCUCUGGGCACUAAUAUUCUUAACAACGUUCGGACUUUGUUCAGAGCUGAAAGUUCGUGUUCGUUUAGCUGAUGGACAAAUCACAGAGGAAGUUCUAGAAGCAGACAGUGAAAAAGACUCCAUCACACUUGAGUUCAAACAGGAAGAUGGAACUCUCAUAACGUUUGUCGCUGACUUCAAACAGCAUGUGAAGAUCUUCCGGGCGCUCAUCCUUGGGGAGCUGGAGAGGGGCCAGAGCCAGUACCAGGCCCUGUGCUUCAUCUCGCACCUCAACCACAAUGAGUUCAUCCCCAGCGAGUCCAUGGCCCGACUCAGACAGAAAAACCCUCAAUCCAUUCGCAUGGCGGAGGAGAGGCGGGGCCUGGACCAGCUGACCAUGAACGUGGCAGUGAACCUGAGCCAGGCUUGGCAGCUCAGCAGCCACAUCCACAACAUGUGCAGCGAGGCCCGGGAGGCUAUCUACACCCGGGAGAGGGACGUCAAACAUUGGCUGGAGAGAGGAGUGGAGGGCUCCGUGUUUGAGAUCCUGCCCCAGUCGGUGGACGUGGUCCCGGUCCUGCUGUCGUGCCGCUCUACGAGAGACGUGUGGCAGCCCUGCUCCUGCAGCUUCAGCCUGCGUCUGGAGUGGUACCCCUGCCUGCUCAAGUACUGCCGCAACCGCGACACCACAGGCAAAGGUAGCCCCUACAAGUGCGGCAUCAAGAGCUGCAGCAAAGGCUACCAAUUCACCUACUAUGUCCCCCACAAACAGCUCUGUCUCUGGGAUGAGGAGACUUAGCAGCACACUGGCUGUGCAGUCAGACCCCCUCACCCCCCAAUGCUUUUCUUUUCCUCCCUUAUUUAAUUUGGAUAUCACGUUGGAGUUCAGUUCAUCCUGUCGUGAGAUGAUAGUAGUUUUAUGCCUUAAAUGGGACAGUUUAGGUUGAAAUUGAGACCAAAGCUGAUGCUGCCGAAGUGUCCAGGUACCUACGUGCCACCUAAAGUUACUCUCACACGUUUGUGCCCAGCUAAUAAAAAAAUGACUACAAGAACCUCCUCUCAUAAGGACACGUUUAUGCAUACGGCUGGACAGAGCAGCCUUUUUUUCUACAUUUCUUGCCCAGUGGGAUGAUUGGUGAAGGAACAACGUUCCCAUUAUGUUGUCACAGGAAACCGUGGGAUGCGGAUCGGAACGGUCAGUCGGACAGUGACUUAUGACGUCAAUAACACCGCUUUAGCCAGCUCUCUUCCUGGUCGACGGCAACUCAGGUUGCAAUCAACAAUGUUUCUCUGAUUGCUGGGAUUAUUUAUUUGGUUGCCAGGUGAAUUUAUUGAAGAUUCUUAUGUAUAAAAUGACUAAUCUUAAGUUUUCUUUAUAUAAACUUCAUCCCAUUUUGUCUUUUGAUUUGUGUAGAAAAACAGACAGAUUAUAUACACAUUGUAAAAAAAAACAUUAGCAACACCUUCCUAAUAUUGAGUUGCACCCCCUUUUGCCCUCAGAACAGCCUCAAUUCGUCGGGGACAUGAACUCUACAUGGUGUCAAAAGCGUUCCACAGGGAUGCUGGCCCAUGUUGACCCCAAUGCUUCCCACAGUUGUCAAGUUAGCUGGAUGUCCUUUGGGUGGUGGACCAUUCUUGAUACACACGGGAAACUGUUGAGUGUGAAAACCCCAGCAGCGUUGCAGUUCUUGACCCGCUCAAACCAGUGUGCCUGGCACCUACUACAAUACCCUGUUUUUCAAGGCAUUUCCAUAUUUGGUGUUGCCCAUUCACCCUCUGAAUGGGCAACAUACACAAUCCAUGUCUCAAUUGCCUCUAGGCUUAAGACUCCUUUGUUAACCUGUCUUCUCCCCUGCAUCUACACUGAUUUGAAGUGGAUUUAACAGGUGACAAUAAGGGAAAAUAGCUUUCAACUGGUCAGUCUGUCAUGGAAAGAGCAGGUGUUCCUAAUGUUUUGUACCCUCAGUAUAUUGUGAAAAUGUCUGGGCAUUGUAUUUAGUUAACAGUAUAGAUGCUGAUGCUAAUUUAAAGUACAUUGUUGAAGAGCAAGUUACUUCUUUCUAGCCUCAAUGUUGUUUUUCUUCUGUCAAUGUGAUAAAACAUUUUUUUUUUUCUAUUGGGACCAAAUUUCAUGAAUCCCAAUUCACAAUGGAAGAUCACCUGGUAUCUGUAAACCGUCUGGGUUUGAGAGAGAAUGCCACUAACUUGAACAUCAUUCACAGCUCAAUCACUGACGGCCAUGAUUGAUUUUUCUUUUACACACACUAUAUAUAUAUAUUUCAUUUUGACAAAGGUCUCCAAGUUCAUUUGCUUAUAUUUCAUUAUUCUUUCAAGGUUAGGGGCAAACCACAGUAAAGAUUCACAAAGGAAAUAUUCUCCAAGGAAGGGGCUGAAGUUGCAACUUAUUUGAUUUGUGUUCACUCUUUUCACUUCUCAUGGAAUGGAUCUGAUAAACGUUUGAAGCAAUGCCGUUAAUGCAAUGCCUUCCAUUCAACGUUCAACACAUGGAUUAUUGGGGGGGGAUCUAACCAUAGUCAGUGAAACCCUUUUACCAUUAUUACAUUUCUCAUGUCGGUUCAUUUCAUUAACUUCACAAUUUGUUAAAUGUACGUGUAGGGCCUUCCUGAUUAUCACUUGGAUAUGUGAUUCCAUUCCACACAGAACACUUUGUUCAGGUAGGACUAAAAUAAUCAGCAAUCAGUAGGGAAAUGUCCAAUUUUAUUCCACAAUACGAUCACUUGUCUGCUAUCCAAUUCCUAUACCUCAUUACGGCAUUUUACAUCUCGAGUAGCUUAAUGUGUUUUAAUCAUAUUCAGUAGUAACUGGUACCUAAUUGUUUUGUUUAAUUCUCCUGGUUUUAUUCUGUCACGUUAUGCUAAUGUUCACUUUGUGUAUGACCUCUUCCUAACUCACAAACCAAAAUGUAUUUUUUUGUUUGUUGAAAAAACCCUUCGAACUGUGGCCAUUCUAUGGUAACCUAUGUGCCUUAACACUUUAAAUGAUAUUUUUGCAAUGUAAAACUAGAGUAAAGUCUCUUGUAUUUUUCUAUGUAAGAGUUGUGUAUGUUUGCAAAGAGCAAUACCACAGAAAAUGAAGUCAUUUACAAUUCAAAAGUACAUUUUUGCCUGCAAGGGUUCAAUAAAGGCACCUCUUUUGCACUGCA